CCAAAUAAAUUGAAAACCAGCACAGGGCAGGUGCUUAUCCACAAGUAUAAGAGUGCAUUCAUUUUCCACACUGUUUGUCUAACUAAAGUUACACAAAAGCAACAUGGCCAUGGAGAACUGUUUAAGACUAACCACUGUAGCCACAACCACACCCCAAUGCCUCUCUCCAUUCUUUCCAACUUCAAGGGAAAAGCUUGUUUUCCCAACUCAAACAGGUUUCAAGAAAUCCAUGCUAAACUCAAAAGUGUCAUACCCAUCAUCUCUUUAUUCAACUGGUGCUACCUACAAAAAAUCCCGUUUUGUUUGCAAAGCUCGUGAAGCAGUAAAUGAAGUUAAAGUAGUGAAUGACUCAAGCUGGAACAACCUUGUCAUUGCAAGUGAUACCCCCGUGCUUGUGGAAUUUUGGGCACCAUGGUGUGGGCCAUGCAGGAUGAUAGCACCUGUUAUCGAUGAGUUAGCGAAGGAAUAUGCUGGAAAAAUUGCAUGCUACAAGCUCAACACAGAUGAUUCUCCAAACACAGCAACACAGUACGGCAUCAGAAGCAUACCAACAGUUCUGUUCUUCAAGAAUGGAGAGAAAAAAGAAAGCAUAAUUGGUGCAGUUCCUAAGUCUACUCUGUCAGCAACAGUGGAAAAAUACGUUGAUUCAUAAACUGAGAAAAUGAUAAUAGUGGCCUGCAUUACAAUGCCAAAAAUGAAAGGACGGGAAUGAGAGAAGUGAUAUUACUGACGCUGCAAAUUUCAUUCUCUUCCAUUUUUUUCCAUGCCAUAUAUGGCUGUUUAUUAGUUUAAGGACCAUCUUUUCAUCUAUAGUUUGACACAUGAAGUAAUACUUGUACCCUUUUUUUUCAUUUUGUAAAGGUUACAUUGGAUAAACAGACUUCAUUCAAUGUUUGAAUGUUGAUUA